GCAGUUCAAACCGCCCCGCACCUGCGCAGUAGGCUACUGCGCUCACAGCUGUACACACUGACCCGAGAGAGUCAGAUGCGAAGGUUUGGACAAAACAGCCCUCAAUCAGAUAUGAAGACUCUGUUGAAGAUCGGCAGCUAGACUUCGUCUCCACGACUGCCAUUGUGAAGAAGAUAUCUUCCGUUAUCAAUGACACCGACAGCAAGUGAAAGUUAAAGCUAUCCACUCCUGCCACUCCUCCUUCAAAUCAGCAUCCCUGCGCGCCUUAAGUCUUCAGGAUGUAUCAGAUUGUCCCGGUGGCUCCCGGGGAGCAUCAGACGUCCGGGGGAGCUGGAGGCUCUCCACUGAAGAAGAAACUGUCUCAUGAAGGCCGGCCCCUGGUGAUUGCAGGCAUGUUGGGCUGUGUGUUGGUGCUGGCUGCUGUGGUCGCCUGGUGCUACUACUCGGCGUCCCUCCGCAAAGCCCAGCUGCUGAAGGCUGAGCUGUUGGACCUCAACAAAGACGGUUUUAUUAUUCAUAACCAGGCGGGGGCUGUCAUCUUCAGUAUGACCUUCAGGUCCAGCACUCUGGAUCUGGACUCCUGCUCAAAGGAGGGGAACAUUCUGAGCUGCACUCGGUCGGAUUCUGGCAAGCUCAACUUCUUCAUCCAGACGGUCCGACCCAAGGACACGGUGAUGUGCUACCGCGUUCGCUGGGAGGAGCUGCAAAGUAAGCGCUCCGUGGAGCACGCCAUGGCCUAUAACGACUCUCACUGGUACGGAGGGGCGGAGACUGCCACCCAGUACUGGCCUAUAAGGAUGCAGGGCGAGGAGGAACCGCAGCCUUUCAUCACCAGUGAUGUCUACUCGAAUCGGAACGCUUUCGGGGGGAUCUUGGAACGCUAUUGGCUGUCCUCGAAUGCGACUGCCAUCAAGAUUAAUGACUCGGUACCGUUUCAUUUGGGCUGGUCGGAGAAGGACAGGACCCUCAGGUUCCAGGCCCGAUACCAGGACUCUCCCUUCAGACCACCAGAGGGUCAGCAGGACUUACCUGAACUCAGCUAUAGAGUGUGUGUGGGGUCGGAUGUUACCUCGAUUCACAAAUACAUGGUGCGUCGGUAUUUCCCAAAGCCUAUCAAGGUGCCGUCUCCUGAAGUCUUCAAACAGCCAUUGUGGUCAACGUGGGCUCUCCACAAGACGGCUGUUACUCAGGAGAAACUGCUGCGCUACGCCUCUGACAUCACCAAGCACCGCUUCACGUGCUCCCACCUGGAGCUGGACGACCGCUACACCGCAGACUACGGAGAGUUUGACUUUGACCCGCAGAAGUUCCCCAAUGCUAGCGGUAUGUUUGACAAGCUCAGAGAGGACGGGUUUCAAGUGUCGCUCUGGACACAUCCUUUCAUCAACUAUGACUCCAUUAAUUUCGGCGUCGCUGUAGAGAAAGGACUGUUUGUCCGGGAGCCGAGCGGCGAGCUACCUGCUCUGGUGCGCUGGUGGAACGGCAUCGGAGGAAUCCUGGACUUCACCAACCCGGAAGCCCGUGAGUGGUAUUCCUCACAUCUGCGCAUGAUCAAAAGCCGCUAUGACGUGACGUCCUUCAAGUUCGAUGCCGGAGAGACAAGCUACCUCCCGCGCCAGUUUAGCACCCUGGUCCCGCUGUCGGACCCCUCCACCUUCACCCGCCGCUACACGGAGAUGGCCAUCCCAUUUAGUGAGCGUGCAGAGCUGAGGGUGGGUUACCAGAGUCAGGAUAUCUCCUGCUUCUUCAGGAUCAUUGACAGAGACUCUGUGUGGGGUUAUGAGCUCGGCCUCAAGUCAAUCAUCCCGACUGUUCUCACCAUUAGCAUUCUGGGCUACCAGUUUGUCUUACCUGAUAUGAUAGGAGGGAAUGCAUACCCCAACCGCACCGCAGUUGGUUCAGAUGGCAAAAAUGUUCUGCCGGACAGAGAGCUGUACAUCCGAUGGUUGGAGCUGUCUGCUUUCAUGCCUGCCAUGCAGUUCUCCAUACCACCAUGGGCCUAUGACGAUGAGGUGGUGCAGAUAGCGCAGAAGUUCACGGCGCUCCACGAGACUCUGGUGGCCCCGAGGGUUCUCGAACUGGCCGGCGAGGUUCUUGAUACGGGGGACCCGAUCAUCAGGCCCCUCUGGUGGAUCGCCAACGUGGACGAGGCAGCUUACAAGAUCGACUCCCAGUUCCUGAUCGGUGACGACCUGAUGGUGGCACCGGUGUUGGAGCCAGGGAAGCAGGAGAGGGACAUCUACCUGCCUGCAGGUAAAUGGAGAAGCUACAAAGGCGAACAUUUUGAUAAAGGCCCCAUGUACCUCACCGACUACCCCGUGGACCUGGACGAGAUAGCCUUCUUCACAUGGGUUCACUGAAGGCGUCGACGCCACACCACAACCUUAACUCGCACACACAUACUGUAUGCACAUGUACAUCCUUGUGAGCACACACACAUGCCAAGAAAUAACAGAGAGAUGUUGUUUUUCAAAGGGAAAUGACCACUAAGGGGAUCUGCUGCCACAGCAGAGUGUGAUUUAUUUUUUCAUUUUUGGUAAAGAUGAACCUCACGUCUCCUCUGACCUGCUCUUUCUUUGGACUUCUGCUGAUUACCGUCCACCCAAAGAAUAAGAAUAAUGAAAACCUUUGUUCACUUCUGAUUCUCUCACUCCAUCCUUAAGCCGAUCCUCAUCCAGGAUCCAGGAUCCUCAUCCAGCCUUCCACAGCCAAUGGUUAAACCGAUCUCCGAAUGUAAUGCACCGCAGUCUUCCAUCUAAUGGACAUCUAGAUUUCUUCAGGGCCCACAGCUCGAGUGCUUUUGGUUUUAAGGCUGAUGAAGGGGUAGAUGAAAUACCUGUGCGAUAAGGUGUUUGAUGUGUGUCUUUAUUGUGGCCUGACAGGGUUGGGCACCGAACCGGCAAUAAAUACGCACAGAUGCCCUCAGAGGGCAUGCCUGACCUUAUGUCACCAUGGCAACUGCUGUAUUGUGGAGACACUUCUAACUACCUAUGUUUUGAAGUUAACAUGCAUUAAUAAGCAUUGCACUGUCAUCAGCAUGUGUCUCGUUUGUCACUUUGUCUUUAUAUUUAUGAACUAUUGAUUUGUAGGCUAGUAUUUAAGUGUAUAUACACACUGACGUAAAUCUGGAUUUAAAUUUGGGGUACUUGUCAUGAUCAACAGAGUGCAAAUAUUUUUAUGUCUACAUUCCUGUGACCUAUUCCUGUUCCUGUUUGUGCCAUUCUGCCAUUUCAGUGCCAAAAUCUACUUUUCCAUUCAUUUCCAUCUUCCAUCAGCUCAGGGGAAUUUUAAAAGAAAAAAAGGAAGUUUCAAUUAAAUUGGUUGAUCAAUGGCAAGAAAUAGAUGUAUUGCACCGAUGCUACUGGUUUGCCUUGUUAAACUGGUAUUGUUCUCAAAGAUGCUAUGUAACAACGACCCGUCCAUGUCUGCCUUGUGACUUUAUUUGCCUUAUCAGCUGAACUAAGCUAUGCUGUCCUGAGCGCAGAGAACCACUGGAGCGAUGAAACACACAGUGAUGCCUGAUGCUUUGCGCCUUUAUGUUUUUGAGCAUUGAUAUUGCAAGGUAAAUUGCCAUCUGAAUACAUGUUUGUCUGCUCUUACACAGUGAUUUCUGGCAUGAAAGUAAAACACACUACUGGUUAAGUCAUCUAAAUGCCUUGCUUGCAAAUAAUAAUACAAUAUAAGCUAGCGUGAGCACUGUUAUUGUGAACUGUUAGUCACUAUUUAUAGAAUUGUAAAGGGAUUAAAGUAUCUAUCAAAUUAUUCUGAUGGUUUUUGUUUGAUGAAAAAUUAAACGAUUUACUUGCAUUCAUGAUACUACCACCAGGUGGCACCUGUGUCAUAAAUGUUCAAAUCUUACACACAGUGGCUUUGAGUUGUAAACUAGACUGCUACGUGUCUAAUGAUAAAUGCAUGAUUUGGUAUAAUAUUAGGCAUAUGCUUUUUGUGGCAGACAUGAAGAGGAACUAGA